UGUUGUCAGCCAAGUAGGGAAAUUCAUGGAAUUGACAGUUUAUAUGUUGCAUUUAACAGUUAUUGCCACAGCAAGAUUUGUUUUUGGUUUGUUUAUGGUUGGCACAGACAAAGUGAGCGGCGAUGUUGCCAUUUUUGAAAUAGCUAAAGGAGCAACUGAUAUCAUGAUUGCAAUAACACUUUGGCUUUGGCAAUAUGUGAAUUGCCUUGAUCUUAAAUAUUUGCCCUCGGUUCUGAUAAUGGCUUCAGCAAUAUUGACGGGUUUUGGUACGUAUUUUAUAUUGAGAGACAUGUUAAAUACAUCCUUCCUUGGAUGGUAUACAAUAGUGGACUGGGUGAUGAUAGUCUGCAUUAGUCGGUACAUGUAUUGUGUAGUUAAAGACAACUAAUUAACUGUGAAAAAUCUACAAAACAUUUCUGUCACACGUGCUUAAAAUAUGUUACGAAAGAUACAAAACAUUAUCCAUACAUUUAACUAGUUAAGAAGUGAUUUUGAGUGUAAAGUUUAAUGAUAUCUAUAAUAUUGUGUUUAUCUGAACUGUAUUUAGAUUAGCCGUAACAAAUCAUUCAUUCCAUGGAAUGUUUUAUAUUAUAACUUUAAAUGCAUUCAUAACAUUUAAUUGCUUAGUUAAACUUCAUCUUCAGUAGCAUUUUUUUUUGUGCAAUUGUUUAUGAAUAUUCAUCAUAACUUUGACAUUUUCUUGCAUGUUUGGAAUUUUACUGUUACAUAUAAUGGUAUUUUUAGAUAUUUAUUAAAAAGGUAAUGAUCCAAAUUAUCUCACUUUUCCGGAAGUAACGUUAAA